GUCCAAAAUAGUCACUCUCUCACUCUCUCUCUCUCGCACUCUCUCACUCAUUGCGUCGUCACUGUUAGAUCUUCCAGCUUCCUGAAACCUUUAACGGUAACUUUUUAACGAAUCAGCGACUAUAAACCUCUCUUCACCUUCUUCGUAACGCUUUUUUAGCUUCAUCUUCUCUCUCUCUGCUGAAACGAUUAUGACUCUCCCUCACCUCCAUUUCUCUCUCCUCGCCGCGACGGCGAUUAUGUUAGUGGCGAUUGCGGAUGCGCAGGCCGGGGGUCAAGUGCUGCAGGCGGAGCUUUGGUGCGUCGCGAAGAACAACGCGGAAGAUUCGUCGCUACAGACGGCGAUCGAUUGGGCUUGUGGACAAGGAGGCGCGGACUGCGGCCCGAUCCAGCAGGGUAGAGCUUGCAACGACCCGACGGAUAUCCAGAAGAUGGCGUCGUAUGUGUUCAACAACUACUACUUGAAGAACGGACUCGCCGACGAUGCUUGCAAUUUCAACAACAACGCUGCUCUCACUUCCAUCAAUCCCAGUCAAGGAACUUGCAGAUACCCUUCGAGUAAGAGAGUGAGCAAUGGUCGAGUGGCUGAUGACACUUCAAUGGGUUCAGGACAAGCAGAUAUGAGCCGUGGCAGACGGGUUUCCACCACUUGGAUCUUGUUGGUCUUUAGCAUAUUGAUGGUGACAUGGAUAAUUCAUCUUUAGGCCACACGCACAUUGUACUCCUUGAUGAUGAGGAAGGUGCUAUUUUGAUCUCUUCCAAUAUUACCUAUAUGAAGAUAGGUCCUAAUAUCUAAUUUUCUGCCAUCUUUUGGUUUUGUUGUCCUCCCUAUUCAAUCCCACUUGGACUCUGUGUGUUCAACAUGUUUUUGAGUUGUAAUGUGUAUUGAUAUUUCUCUCUGUCAACGAAUAUAUAAUGCUAUCAACCAAUAGCUGAUACAUUUUGA